GUCUCGCCAUCUUGACUGCUGCUAAAAUACUGGCACGACCAUUCACACGACUCGGGCUCUGGACAGAAUACUCCUCUACGAGGGCAUGUGAUCCUGCGCGGCGAUUUCCAGCUUUUCAAAGACAUUCGAACUUGACGCUCGCCGCGAUGGAGCGCCACCGCUAUCCUUCGCAUCCGCGCAAUAACAUGGCUGUUACCUUCCUGGGAACAACGAGCGGUGGAGGUCCGACCGACACACGUAACUGUUCCAGUCUCGUCGUAGGUGCUAUGGGUAAUAAUGAACUAUGGAUGGUUGAUUGUGCAGAAGGUACCGUGCGCCAGUUUUCCACACAGCCACAUCGAGAUGCCAGACGCGUCAAGAUCAACGAUGUCACGAAGAUGUUCAUUACGCACAUGCACGCGGAUCAUACAAUGGGAAUCAUCACACUUUUGCGCAAUGUUCUCGGGAUGUAUCGCGGCGACUCGCAUGAGGGGCCCGUCGUGCCGAGGCCGGUACGGACGCCCAAAAUCGAAAUUUACGGCCCUAGAGGCAUCCGCCACUUUAUUCGCACCAUCUUCACCCUCACGCAUACACGAUCGGCAGACCGAUACUGUGUCCACGAGCUUCUGAUGCACGGAGAGACUGCCUCCGCGUCCGCAAACGACGCCGAGCAGCUUCAUCCGAGCGAAGAAGCUGGUACCGACAUACCGUGCGGCGAAGACGGCUUCUGGAGGGGCGUUGUAUCACAUAAACUCCACAGAGGCGGAGCCAAUCGUCUGGUUGUAGACGCUGGGCCGAUCGUACACCGAGAUCCCUGCAUUGGAUACAUCAUCCGCGAAAAGCUUAAUCUGUACCCCAAUGUCGAACGAAACGAAGCUCCCUAUACGUUGAAACCACGAAUGAUUGUCGCGCUGGGUGAUACCUCCGACCCUACGGCGCUCAUCCCGCUCGUUACGGAGGACCCAGAUGCGCCAGUGUCGCUUUUGAUCCAUGAAGCGACUGACGCCUACAUACCACCAAGUGUCGACCCCGACCAACGAACAGGCAAGAAUCGUUCAGAACAGAGCGUUAUGCAGAAGGCCGUUGAGAAGGGACACAGUACGCCCGCGAUGGCUGGCUUGUUUGCGAGGCAGAUCAGCGCGGAACGCUUGGCGCUGAACCAUAUCGGCUCACGGUUCCCCGCACCGCCACACGCACCAAAAUCCUUUCGCGACAAAUUCAGAAGGGACUGCAUGGCUGAAGUGGAAGCGCAGGCGACCCGCACGUGGAAUCCCGAGAAUGGUGCGAGCGCCAUGGCUGUGUCUGACUUCGACCGGAUUAUUAUCCCGCCGAACCCACUUGUACCCGUUGGGGCGCAGGAAAGCGAGGCAGAGGAAAACGCGGAGCAUGGCGAGGACGCCGGGCAAAGCCCAUCGACUUCGGCAGGCACCGACGUCGAACGCAGCCAGGCGCACCAUUCGAGCGAUCCUGCAGAGCAGGGCAAACCGCGAAGCAGAGGCGGAUUCCAAGGGCGGGAUAAAUCUCGGGGAGCUGGGAAGAAACGCGAACAUAGCGGAUGUACAUCAAGGCGCGGCCAUGAUACCGGCAGGGGCGACGGCAGGCGUCAACACCCAAACCACAAGAAACAGAGACGACACGACGACGGGGCUUGAACCACUAGC